AUACAUUAAUUUAAUAUAAUUGCUUGUUGUUGGAAUUCUUUGAAAUAGCAGGUAAUUUUCAAUGCGCACAAGGGUUUUCAAUUAAUGUUGCAAUUAAGCCAUUACUUCUAAGCUAGUACCUAUAGUACCAUACUCUGUUAGUUCCUCAACAAACGUACAACCAAACCCGCGAUGCAACGCACACCUAAGUUCACCUGGUGCGCCCAGGAGAAGAUCAACGACGGUUCGACGAGCCGCCAGAACGUGGAGGAGAUCAAGAAAUGGCUCGACCAGCAUCCAAACAUUCCCAAGAUAAACGAGGAGCAGAUCGUGCUGUUUCUGAUCGCCUGCAAGAACGACCUGAUGGCCACCACAUCGACGAUCAACUCGUACUUCAAGUGUCGCCAGAACGCUCCAGAGUUCUUUAGCAAUCGGCAUGUCGAGUUCGAAAGUCUGAAGCAGACCAUAGAAGUGAUCGAGUCGGCGGUGAUGACCAACAUGACCAAGGACAAUUACGCGGUUAUUUUCUCCCGUUUGAAGGACACCAACUAUUGGAACUGGAACGUAGAAUCUUCGAUUAAGUAUUUGUUCAUGUGUUUGGACCUGGCGAUACAGGAGCAUCCAGUCAAAGGUUACAUUGCUGUUUUUGACAUGAAAGGGCUGGGUUUGAUGCACUUAACAAGAUUGAAAGUGGGACCUUUGAGGAAGUUCUUCGCUUAUCUACAGGAAGGUUUGCCUUGCCAACUGAAGGAAAUACACAUUCUAAACUGCACCUACAUUUUUGAUAAACUGCUCCUCAUCAUCAGGCCUUUCAUGAAAAAGGAACUGCUCGAUAUGUUGAAAACUCAUCAGUCAAGUUACGACAUGAAUGAGUUCUUUGAACACCACGCUCCUCAGCAUUGCAUACCAGAAGAUUACGGUGGUUGUUUACCAACGAUGGCGGUACUUUGUAAACAAACUCUGGAGAAGUUCAAACAAUUGAGACAGUUUUACGACGACGACGAACAACAAGUUAAACUGUACCGGAAGGAAAAGUGACCAUAAAAAAACUUAGUGUCUCUCUAAUAAAGUUUUGUUUUACUGACUUCUUUGUCGAUUUAUGUAUAUAGUAUAUUUCUAGUAGGAAUGAAUGUUUAAUAUUUUGGUCUUUUCUGUGGUAUAUGUGUGUUUGCAAAUAAAACAAAUAUUAAAAUAAUUUAUGUUAAUGGAGUAAUUAAAGUUUGAAGAGUUUUCGACAUUUC